ACAGCCAGUGAUGGUGGCUAUGUCUUCUUGGAGCUCAUAUUGGCUCCUCCUAGAACGAAAACUCCACUCUGUACUCUCUCAUGGCGCUUCUCUACUCUUCUGCCUCUCAGCGCCGCAAAUCGACCAAACCCUUUCAUCGUUUUCGCCACAAUGAUGGACGCCAAGCCCACCGUCCUCGUCGCCGAGAAGCUUGGAGAAGCUGGACUCGACCUGCUGAAGAGCUUCGCUAAUGUUGAUUGUUCAUACAACCUGAGCCCCGAGGAACUCUGCACCAAGAUCUCUCUCUGCGACGCGUUGAUUGUGAGGAGCGGCACCAAGGUGACCCGUGAGGUCUUUGAGUCCUCCGGGGGCCGGCUUAAGGUUGUCGGCCGGGCUGGUGUCGGGAUUGACAAUGUUGACUUGUCGGCUGCUACUGAACAUGGUUGUCUGGUCGUGAAUGCCCCAACAGCUAACACGAUCGCGGCUGCUGAACAUGGAAUUGCCUUGCUGACAGCUAUGGCGAGAAACAUUGCUCAGGCUGAUGCUUCUGUUAAAGCUGGGAAGUGGCAGAGGAAUAAAUAUGUUGGAGUCUCACUUGUGGGAAAAACCCUGGCUGUAAUGGGGUUUGGCAAGGUUGGUUCUGAAGUUGCUCGGCGUGCCAAGGGACUUGGUAUGCAUGUCAUUGCGCACGAUCCAUAUGCUGUUGCGGAUCGUGCCCGUGCCAUUGGUGUGGACCUGGUAACCUUUGAGGAAGCCAUAUCAACUGCUGAUUUUAUCUCCCUACACAUGCCCCUUACCCCUGCCACAUUGAAAAUGUUUAAUGACGAGGCUUUUUCGAAGAUGAGGAAGGGUGUUCGGGUUGUUAAUGUUGCUCGUGGUGGUGUGAUUGAUGAAGAAGCUCUCCUAAGAGCUUUGAAUUCUGGAAUUGUUGCUCAGGCAGCCCUUGAUGUCUUCACAGAAGAGCCUCCGGCAAAAGCCAACUCACUGGUGCUGCAUGAAAAUGUAACUGUGACUCCUCAUCUCGGUGCCAGCACUACCGAGGCACAGGAAGGUGUUGCCAUUGAAAUAGCAGAAGCUGUUAUUGGGGCUUUGAAAGGAGAACUUGCGGCUACUGCUGUAAAUGCACCAAUGGUUCCUGCUGAGGUUUUAUCAGAACUUGCCCCAUACGUAUCUCUGGCCGAGAAACUUGGCAGACUUGCUGUGCAACUGAUUGCUGGUGGAAGUGGCGUACAAUCAGUAAAGGUGACUUAUGCUUCUGCACGAGGUCCUGACGAUCUUGACACACGACUUCUCCGAGCUAUGGUCACCAAGGGUAUAAUUGAGCCGAUUUCCAGUGUUUUCGUGAACUUGGUAAAUGCUGACUUUAUAGCUAAACAGAGGGGACUGAGAAUAACAGAAGAGCGGUAUGUGUUGGAUGGUUCACCGGAGAAUCCGCUCGAAUUUAUCCAGGUUCAAAUUGCCAAUGUAGAAUCUAAAUUUGCCAGUGCCAUUUCAGACUCAGGAAAUAUCACAGUGGAGGGAAAAGUGAAAGAGGGAAAACCCCAUCUUACGCGGGUAGGAUCAUUCGAGGUUGAUGUGAGCCUGGAAGGCAGUCUCAUACUUUGCAGGCAGGUUGAUCAACCUGGUAUGAUCGGAAAAGUGGGAACCAUUUUGGGAGAUGAGAAUGUAAAUGUCAACUUCAUGAGUGUGGGAAGGAUUGCUCCAAGAAAGCAGGCUGUAAUGACCAUUGGUGUAGAUGAAGAACCCAGCAGGGAAGCACUGAGGAAAAUUGGAGAGAUACCCGCCAUUGAAGAGUUCGUUUUCCUCAAGUUGUAACACAAGCAUGCCAUAUUCCCAAUUUUUGGAAUACCAUUAUGACAGAUUUAACUUAUGGUGCUUUUACUGUAAGUUUAUAUAAUAACUAGGUUGUUUUAAUACUGUAAGUUUAUUUAUUUGGGUAAAUGUUCAAUAUGCAACGUAUGAUGACUGAGAAACAUCAUUAGAUUACCCCAAUCAAUAUGAAACAUAAAGAAUUUC